UACGUGAAUUCGAGAUGGUGAGCGGCGUGUGUCAGCGCGGCACCACCGGGGAGGAGUGGAGUGGAGGUAGCGGCAUGGAGAACGAUAUUUUAGAUUCCCUGGAGGACCUGGGGUACAGUGGGGAACUGAGUGAGGAGGCUGGGCUACGAAAAGCAGUAGAUGGACAGGAUGGGGGUGCAAAAUGCCCUGGCUACACUGGCCUUGUUGCCUGGGUCACAGGGGAGCUACGGGUUUUAGCAAAUCUUGAAGAAAUGGUGAAUGCCACUUCUGCUGCAGAUGAACACUCCUCAUUCCUCAUGGAGGUGUCAUCCUUCCUCAAGGAGCUGGGGUGUCCCCACUCCCAGCUGAUUGAAGGAGCAGUGAGCCAACGUUUGUCAACCACUCAGGACAGGCUCCUCCUAUUAGACUUCCUGUUAGGGGAGUUGAUGGCUGCUCGCAUGAUCUCGUCAGCCAAACCUGACUCAGCCAUGACUGUAGAAAUGCGUGAGAGUGAACAGGCUAAGGACCUUAAGGCCAUGCUGGUCACCCUUGGCUUUCCCAAACCUCCAGCCAACAUCACCCCACAACAAUUGUUUAACAAGGUGGAGCAGAAGGUACGUGAUGUAAAGAGCAAGGCCCCACCAGCUCUGAUUGGCAAGCCUCUCUUCACUGGAGAGCUAUCAGACAAGCAGUGGGCCCAGCUGGGACAGAUGCAGAGUGAGAUGCACAAUGAGUAUCGCAUGCGUCGCCAGAUGAUGAUCAAACGUCUAGAUGUAACAGUGCAGUCAUUCCAGUGGUCUGAUAAAGCUAAGAGUCGAGAAGAUGAUCUGACGAAGGCCUUCAGGACUCGCCGGGAUCAGAUGACUGAGGAGCCAUCAGUGAGUGUUGGGGAUAUGUUAGCAGCUCGGGAAGAUCUGGCAGUGCUGGAGAAGACGAGCAAUGCCAGUGUACGGAAGCAGACCAAGAGUGCCCUCAACAAGAUCAUUAUUGGAAAGGUGCCUGAUCGAGGAGGCCGUGCCAAUGAACUGGAACCACCACCCCCUGAAAUGCCCUCAUGGACUCAACGCUCAGGAGGUGGUGGAGGUGGUCGUGGUGGUGGCCGUGGUGGUGGUGGUGGUGGUGGUGGGUUCUCUGGUGGUGGUGACCGUGUGCAGGGAGGAUGGAACCAGGGAGGCGGUGGAGGUGGCUAUGGUGGUGGAGGUGGAGGUGGCUAUGGAGGGGGUGGAGGCAGUGGUGGUUACGGUGGUGGUGGUGGUUAUGGAGGUGGAGGCAGUUAUGGUGGUGGUGGUGGUGGUGGUGGCGGCUAUGGUGGUGGUGGUGGUGGUGGUUAUGGGGGGGGUGGUGGUGGUGGUUAUGGAGGUGGUAGCGGUGGAUAUGGUGGAGGAGGAAGUUAUGGUGGUGGUGGAAGGGGGUAUCAAGGAGGAGGUGGGGGCUACAGAGGAGGAGGAGGAGGAGGCUAUGACAAUCGGGGAGGGUAUAGAGGGGGUAGAGGCAGAGGCAGAGGAAGAGAUAGAUAUUAGACAUUUAGGAUACCAAAUAUGUAAGCUAAUCUCAGCAGUUCCUGGCAGUUUGGCACUUAUAUACUACACCUUCAUAAAUUGUAUACCUACCCUUUGUAUGCUGGGUCAUCUUGUUAUCCCCCUGUGACAUAAUGCUACACUGAUACAUAUGUUAAUUUCUUCCUGCAGGGAAAAAAUGUUUGCAUGAGCAUUGCAAUUAACUACAGACUGAGUUCUCUGCCAUUUCCCUUAACAGGACUUGUUUCUUAACCCUCAGGUAUGCCAAAAUUAAUAAAGUAUAGCCAAUUAAUAAA